GCAGCCAACUUUUAACAUAUCACACUUAGGACGAUUUAAAAAGUCCUGUGAACAAAUCACGGGUUAUGGUGAAACCCUUUCUAUAACGUAAGACUUGUUUGGGCGCACUUCACAAUAAUAGACAGGUUUUAAUUUAAAAAAUGGUUGAAUGAUUUGUUACCCAACAAAUUUAAGUUAGUUGAUUUCUCGCACAUGGGCGACAUAACAUGCGCAAUAUGUAAAUUUUUAAGUUGAAUAUGUGAUAAUUGCAAAGUAUAAAAUAUGAAAGAUUUGUCAUGUUAUAAAAUUAUAUUUAUUAACAUAUUCAUAUGUAAUACCCACUACAUACUUCAGACUGGGAGUAAAAAGUUCAAGGAUUUGCAAUAUCAAUAAUUUGCUUAUCAUGAAUAUUAUAGAAUUUAUUGUUCUUUAUUGAAGUGCACCCAAACCAGAAGUAUUGAUUUUACGCAGUAUUAAGAAAUGGCAUCAGAAAAUUUAGAAAACAUUGUGGUUGGACCUGAAUUAGAAAGAAUAAUUGAUUCACCUUUAGGAGAUCUGUUACUGUUAGUUUUAAAAACUUUCGAAGAUAAUGUACUUCAAGUUGAAGCAGAAACUGGAGAAGAAUUAUCUGCUGCGCUGAUAUUAAAAAGAAGUAUAAAAUUAGCAAGAUGGUUCACCAGUAUAGGAAUUCAGAAAGGUGAUAGUAUUUCAAUUAACAGUGAAAAUAGAUUAGAAUUUUGUCUAGUGCCAGUUGCAACGCUAUUUGUGGGUGCUAUAUUCGCGCCAUUAAAUCCUGAUUAUACUCCACUUGAAUUGAAACAUGUACUUAACCUGUCAAAGCCUAAACUUAUUUUUUGUUCAAACAAAACCAUUGAUAAAAUGGUAUCAAUCUUGCCUGACCAUCCUUACAUUGAUAAAUUAGUUUUAUUUGGAAAUGUAGAAAGUAAACACCAAAAUGUUACAAAAUUUCAGGAUAUCAUUAAAAAUGCUGAUUCAGAAGAAAUUGAUGACAAUUACAAAAGUGUACCGUUGGAUAUUAAGAACACAGUUGCAACAAUUUUAUGUUCUUCUGGUACAACAGGCUUUCCAAAAGGUGUUAUGUGUACUCAUGAUAAUAUGGCAGCAUAUGUAGAUAUAUCCCGUUCAAUAAUGGGUGAUAUAGUUGAAAACGAUGACCCAAGUGAUGCUAUGAUGGGUCUUAUUCCCUUUUUCCACUCAUUCGGAUUUAUGUUGAUGUUCUUGAACCUCUUACGAGGUAAGAAAAUGGUAGUUCUGGGAAAAUUUAAACCAAAAGUAUUUUUAGAAUCAAUCGAGAAAUUUAAAGUUGCUAGAAUGAUAGUUCCACCGCCUGUUUUGUUAUUUUUAUUGAAGAGUCCUAUGGUUAAAAAUUAUGAUCUAUCAUCUAUUAAGGAAAUGAGAAGUGGUGCUGCUCCCAUGGGUAAAGAUAUGGAAAGAGAACUAAAAGAAAAGUUUAAUGUUCAUCAUGUGUCACAAGGGUAUGGAAUGACAGAAACAACAUUAGGAGUUCUAGUUUCUCCACCAGGGAAAAGUAAAAUAGGAUCUUGUGGUAAAAUUGUUCCAGGUAUGAUGGCAAAAGUAAUAGAUGAUUUUGGGAACCCAUUGCCUGCCUAUAAAGAAGGGGAAAUAUGCUUCAAGGGUCCUUUAAUUAUGAAAGGCUAUGUAGGUGAUCCAAAAUCAACAGAAAGUACAAUAGAUAAAGAUGGUUGGCUACACACUGGUGAUGUAGCAUACUAUGACAGCGAUGGUUAUUUCUUCAUAGUGGAUAGGAUUAAAGAAUUAAUAAAGUAUAAAGCUUACCAAGUUGCUCCUGCAGAAUUAGAAGCGUUACUGCUUACCCAUCCUGCCAUUCAAGAUUCUGCUGUAAUAGGUUUGCCAAAUGAAGAAGCUGGAGAACUACCAUUGGCAUUUAUCGUUAAGAAACCAAAUAAAAAAAUUACAGAACAAGAGGUAGAAAAAUUUGUGGAAGAUAAUGUGUCACCUCAGAAAAGGUUAAGGGGGGGUGUUAUAUUUUUAAAUGAAAUACCUAGGAAUCCAACAGGAAAGAUUUUAAGAAGGGUAUUAAGAGAAAGGGCUGUGCAAUCUAAGUCCAAAUUGUAGUGAACGUGAUUUUAUUGUAAUAAAAUACAUAAAUAUAAUUAUUCUUGUUC